CUUCAAAUACUGUGGUCUAAAAGAAUGUCCGUGAUCACUGCCCGUUUGUAGAGACGCGAGACGCGGUAUAUGGUACAUGACAUUUGCGAUGUCUAGCGAAGGUGAUUCUGCUAAAAGUGCGUUAUCAACCGCCAAUGAAAAAAGCGGCACUGACAACCUAACUGAUUCAUCACAAGACUCCACAGACACCAAACAAAAUGCUGUUAAGGAAACAACAGAAAAGGAUAUAGAAUUGCAGGAACAAGAGAAACCUAAGGAAGCGACUACUGAGGAGGAAUCAGAACAAGAUUCUGAAAAGGACUGUCUACCAGAUAAAAGGGAAGACCCCCAAAAUGAAGAUAAAAAGCCAGCCAAAAACGAGUUGAAAGAAGAUAAAUCUCAGAAUGAUGUUGAUGGUAUAAAAAAUGAAGAAGUUAAAAAAGAAGAGAAAGGAAAGGAUGUUAAACCUAAAGAGGAAAAAAAUGAAAACAGUGAUAAAGAAGAUGAGGAAGCAGAAGAAGAUGAGGAAGAAGAUGAGAGUGAAGAAGACACUAAACCAAAAAAAAAGAAGGGUGUGCCUUUGUUGGACCAACCAUUAGAGACAUCUGGGAAACGAGAACGCAAGAAUGUCCAAAGAUUUGAAGAGGAGUAUAAAAAGGAAUCAAAAGAGACUAAAACUGAAUUUGAAGAAGGCUCAGGCAUUCCACUUGGUGAAAUACCUCGUGUUGAAGCUUGUAUCACUCGCUUCAGAAAUGACGAUUUAAAAGUUUUGCACCGGAUAUUGUUUAAAACAAUUGGAAAGUCUAAUACCUUGAAGAAGAAUAUUAAAAGGUUUAAUGGGUUUUCCUUUAAAAAGGAUUCUGAAGAGCACAAAAAAAAAAUUGCACUUCUGCAAAAGUUGGAAGCUAAAAGUUUAAAGAUCGUCUGUGAACAGCUGGACCUUGCCAAAGCAGGCACUAAAGAUGAAAUUGUUGAGAGAAUCGUGGACUUUUUAUUAGAGCCUAAAGAUUCUGGCAAGCCAUUAGGAGGUGGAAGACCUAAAAGAGCAUCAGCUGUCCGAGCAAACAACCGAGGUUAUUCGUCACAUGAUGAUUACUCAAGUGAUGAUAAACAUUCCUCUAGGGUCAGAAGAGAUAAAGGAAAGAGAGCUAGCCUAAAGGAACAAAGUUCGAGCGAUGAGGAGUUUCAACCUGGGGAUGUCUCCGACGGGAGCGAAGAUAAACCGAGAACUGUAAACAAACGCAAGAGGGGCCGCGCCAAAAAAGGUUCAUCUGAUGAAGAUGAAGCUAGCAUGAGUGGAGCCACUUCCGAUGAGAGUGAUGAUGAACCUAAGACCAAGAAAAGAAAGAAUACUAAAGUGAACAAUAAAGCAAAACCUAAAACGCCAGGUCGUGGAAGGGGUCGCCCUGCUAAAGCCACACCCCGCAAGCCUACCAGAGGGCGUCGCGCUAAGGAUAGUUCAGAGGAUGAAGAAGAAAAUGAGAAAAUGGACAUUGAUGAAGGCAGCUCUUCAGAGGAUGAACCUUUAGCUAAGAAAAAAACUAAAAAUGCAGAACCACCAACUGACGAGGAAAUAAAAUCGUUUAUUAAAAGCAUAUUAGAAGGAGCCAACCUGGAGGAGAUCACAAUGAAGACUGUUUGUCAGCGAGUGUAUGAUCAUUACCCGGAUUUUGAUCUCACGAAUAAAAAGAAAUUUAUCAAAUCAACAGUGAAAUCUUUAAUAUCAACGUGAACUUGUGACCCUUGGCAACUUAAGCAACAUUGUUAAACAUCUCACCUAUAUGUUUAAGUACAAAUGUGUUUUGUUCAAUUUGUUUACUUAAAAUCUAUAAAGCAUCUGUUAAGGGUGACAUUUUAUAUAACAAACUGUAUACGGGGUAUCUCAAAUUUGAGUGCUCAUCAUUUAGAUGUCACCAGAUGUUAAAAGUCAAUAACAUUCAGCUGCCCAACGGGAUGUUCAUUUAACUGUCACGGUCUCGACAACUCAAUGAUGAGGCUCAAAUUUGGGACACACUGUAGACAAGGUUGCCAACUUUCUUUCUACAAUAAAAAGGAACAGAGUACACUUGGGUUGCAUCAUGUAGCAUUAACUAGAGUUUGUUUGUAGAUAUUUAAGAGGCAUCAAAUAAAUCUUUAAAUCUAGCACAGAUUUCAUUUAUUGCAAUAGCCAUGAAUAUAUUUUGUAAAUUUAAAAUUUUUAUAUAGAAACUUGUCGUCUACCCUUUUCCUAAGGGAGUCAUUUUUAUUGUUUGCAGUCACAAAAGUUAAAAAUCCAUAACUUGGUUUAUUUUGGUAUAUAUCAAUAUGAUAUUAUAGUAUAUUACCAACUUAAGUAAAUCCAGCUUCCAUAUCUUAAUUUUUCUAAUCUAAAUCUUUUUCGCAUCCACAUAACAAGGUUUAUUUUUCACAUGUAACAAAAAUUAGCUUUUCAUCCCUAAAAAGGAUUGCAUUUUCCACAAGGUAGUAGCUAUCAAUAUAAAGCGACCACUUUUUUUUUUGUGAAAUAGUGUUGGUUUAAUUUUCUGUACUAAAGGUCCUGAGUUACAUUUUACCAGGUUAUAAUAAAAUUUAGCCAUUUUUGUAUUGUAACUUUCUAUUUGUUGGUUCAGUUUUUUGUCUGCAUUUAUGAAAUUCUGUAUAACUUUUAUUAUAGUGUAAUAAAGAGUAUUUAUGUUUUAUACGAGAUGAAAAAAUGUAUUACUGUAUUAUUUUGUAUAAUGCAUGUAUAGUGUAUAUUGUGUUAGAUUCUAAAGAUUGAUAUAUUUAUAUCUUGAAAAAACCUGUUUUGGACUUAUACAAUUAUUUCUUUCUACUUGUGUAUAUUUUUGAUAUAAUUGAUACACAAAACGGAAAAAUCGUAAUAUAUUUUCAUAAUAUCUAAA